UGAUUCUGGUUCUAAACACGCCUGAUGAGGUUGUUUAGUAGCCUGUGUGAUCUGUUGUUAUGGGCUACUGAAUGACAUUUUAGUGGGUGUUUUCUGAAAACCAUGUAACAAAUGUAUGAUAGUCUCUUUUUUUUUGGUGAAUUGGCACACUUUUGCCCUGUAGAAUACAUAAAAGUGAUUCUGAGGUGUGUUCGCGGUUAACGUGAGUUUAGCUAAGAGCUAUGUUCCCUGCUCCGGUGAUGUCACCGCGGACGGAUCCGUCGUAACCGCGUCGGCGGAGCUGAUGGCGUCACUGCGCGUCCCGAGCGCGCUGGCGGAUCGCAGCAGCAGCAGCGAAGAGCGACGCGACCGUGGCUCCGGAGGCCGGGAUCGAGCGACUCCCAGCCGGACACCGAGCGAGGAGACGAUGGAGGCUGUAGCGGAGGAGCUGCGGGCCGGCUCCCGGAUCCCGGUGACCGUCGAGCAGAUCGUCAACGACACGCUGGUGGUGACGCUCACGUACCGGGAGAGGAGCUACACCGGCAUCCUACUGGACUGCAGCAGAAAGACUGGGCUGUUUUGCCUUCCAGACGUUGUUGGAAAAUCCGAAGAGAGCCUCAUAUUGAGACCGGACUGUGAAGUCUCGAGUGAAGAGGCUUCCUCUAAACCCGUUAGUCAGCCGACACAGCGACCAAAAGAUGAGAACACGGAGCCUGAGAUGGCACCUCCGCCCGUUCCCGUUCCCAUCCCGGUGCAACCGGGUCAGCCGACAUAUCCGCCGUACUUCGAAGGCGCCCCGUUUCCACAGCCCAUGUGGGUCCGGCAUACAUACAACCAAUGGGUACCGCAACCGCCGCCACGUCCGAUCAAGAGGAAGAAAAGACGAAGUCGAGAAUCUGGAAGGAUGACCAUGAGCACAAUCCGACUGAGACCUCGGCAGGUGCUGUGCGAGAAAUGCAAAAACACACUAAACAGCGACGAGGAGAGCAAAGAUGGACCAACGGUGCCCAAGACGUCCAGGAAGGAGAACACGCUUCAAGCCGACGAGGACGCCAAAGCGACCCCAGCCAAGAGGAAGGACGACGGAGAAAACAACAACAAAGAGUCAAAGAGACGAGAGGAAUCGACGGUCUAUGACAGCAAACGCUGCCGGAAGGACAAGAAAGACGAUGAGAAGUUUCCCAAAAGGGACGUCGUUCCCCAUAGUCCCGUGAUUAAGAUCUCUUAUAGCACUCCACAAGGUAAAGGCGAAGUGAUGAAGAUCCCCUCGAGAGUUCACGGUUCUGUCAAACCCUUCUGCCCGAAGCAGCUUCUGCAGAACGGCCACGGAGAGCCAAACGCUUCCAAGGAAUCCCAAAAAGUCUUGCAAACUCCUGUAGACGCCAUCCGAACGGGUCUUACUAUUUCCAUUCCCAAACUCAAGCUCCCAAAGUUGAGUAAUCCGGACGCCCCUUCGCCCAAGAUACGCUUGAGAUCCCGGGCCGACGGAGCGGAGCAGGUGUCCGUGUACGAGGCAGAACUGGUGGACGGCGUUCGGAGGAAAAGUCCUAGAGUUCCCAACUCUCAGUCUGAAGAUGGUGCGGAGAAGAAUUCGCUGGAGCUUUGGUCAGGCGAGGAAGUGGAACGGCACGGAGACUUGACUUUACUCAUCAACUUCCGAAAGAGGAAAGCAGACUCCUCAAGCCUUUCCGUGUGCAGCAGCGACAGUCUAGACGAGUCCAAGUCGUUUAGUUCCGAUGGAACGUCGCCGGAAAUCUGCGAUCUGGCUCCAGGCGACGAUAUCUCGGUCUCGUCUUCCUCUCAAGGGGAAAGUAAGACUGUUCCUCCUCUAACCGUGCGACUGCACACUCGCAGCAUGACUAAAUGCGUGACCGAGGAAGGUCAUGCCGUAACAGUGGGUGAUGUUGUUUGGGGGAAAAUCCACGGAUUCCCUUGGUGGCCUGCGCGGGUGCUCAGUAUUAGCGGUAUUCGUAGAGAAGAAGGCGAGGUCGAUGCUCCUUGGCCCGAAGCUAAAGUCUCCUGGUUCGGUUCUCCCACCACCUCCCAACUCUCGGUUGCCAAACUCUCGCCCUUCCGCGAAUUCUUCAGGUCACGCUUCAACCGCAAAAAGAAAGGGAUGUACCGCCGUGCCAUCAUGGAGGCUGCCAAGGCGGUGGGACACAUGGGUGCCGAAAUCACAUCUCUACUGGCUCACUGCGAAACUUAGAGGACGAGGACAGCAGUGGACUGGCUGUCAUUCAGGGUUUUGCAGGCGCUCCCAGGAUGUGGAGAUCUCCCCAGACGGAGAGCGCCUUCAUUUGCCACGGAUAUCAUGAGGGAAGGUGCUUUAUUUCCCCCCACACGCGGCUGUUGGAAGAAAACGCGAUGCGCGGACUGUGUUCGAAGGGGCCACGAGGAGAAUGUGGGAACCUCGGAGCGAACAAUUCCCCCGUUUGUCUCUCCAUCUUUCAUUUGUUUGUUUUUUAGGACGUACAUUAUAUUAGAACAAGUAGCUCGACACUAAAUCCGAAUGUAUUUAUUCACACACACACAAAAAAAACACUCGACCGGUGACUGGCCUCCUGUAAGAUCACACUGCUGCUGUUUCUUAUGACUCUUACGUCCGUUUAGGAUCCAAACGGAACGACGAAUAUCCGUAUUAUAAUACAAAACGACAAGUCUUACUGUGUCUGUUUCUUCAGAUUAUGAAAAUGUGAAAUUCCUUUUUGCAUCAUGUAGGUCUUACACCAUGCAGUAUGUCAGUUUGUCCGUCGUUUCACUUUCUCUGUCCUCUCCAAGAAAUAUAUCUCUUGUAUGUCUCUCCAUCCUCUUUUUCACUCUUGAUUAUGUGAUGUUUUGCUUUAAUUAUUUAAUGUGUCACGUUAAGAGAAGCACUUUAUCCGUACCUUGGUGGCCUGCUGUGAACACUAACUCGAGUUUGCAGACUCUCGGAGGAGCCAACCCAUCGCUUUUGAAGUGAUUUUUAGUUUUUAUGCAGAUUUCGAUUAAAGGACGCUUUCAGGAAGUUGUGUACACUGUAUUCUCACGUUUAGCCCAGUUUACUUUGCUUUCCUCCUUUAUGAAAUGUUCCACUGGAGAUAUGGAGAGAACUGUACGCUCCUAUGCACCGUCUCUUUUAUUAAAGCAUAAAAAGCAGCGUGAUCAUGUGUGUGCUGAAUGAGUGCAGCUGUAUGUGGGCUUGAAUAUCUGUGUCUGCUGUGAUGCGGGACCUCCAGAUGGCCGGACUGACCUGCAGGCGUCGAGCGCUUUAUAUCUGCCAUGGCUCGACACGGUGGAGUUUUUUAAUGUGCUGUAAAUAGAAUAAAAUAUAAAAGCAAUGCUCUUUUGCACGUGUGGUUUAGUUUCCAGACGCUGAGGUAAAUGAGGCACUCACUGACUUCUCGUUUAUUACACUCAUCUGCAGUUUGCUAUCAAACCCAAUGCUUUUCAUAGCUGUUGCCUAAACAAAGCUUGUGCCUUUGUUAAAUGUGAAAGCGUGUUGCCAGCCGUAUCAUUUAUGCAUUUAAUGCAUAACUUGUGCAUGCAUCUUUUAUCCAUCAUUUGUGUUUUUAUGCAUGCAUCUUUUAUGCAUGCAUUUUUGUAUUCUCUUUACAUAGUCAUUGACUCGCAACAAACUGUCAGUGGUUUGUUUUUAGCACGUUGACAUAAUCAAAUAAGCAUAUCAAUGCACAAUUCACAAAAAUAUUGGGUUUAAAUAAUGCAACUGGCGCUCGCUGACCUCUCGUUUAUUACACUCAUGUGCUGUUUGCUAUCAAACCUGAUGCUUUUCAUAGCUGUUGCCUAAACAAAGUUUGUGCCUUUGUGUUAAAUGUGAAAGCGUGUUGACAGCCGCAGCAACUCAUGACGCAAGAUCUCUGAGGGUCUUUUUGUGGAGCCUCAAAUGAGUGGUUUGCAUUCACAAACUGUGGUUAACAUCAUGUAUUUACUGUUUGACUUGGAUGAGAAGGAAGGCUAAAAUAGACGGCGUCCUACUCCGCUUCAGAGCUUCAUACGGCCCUAUAAACAUUCGAUUGGCUGCAUUUAACCUUUCAUUUUAUUGAUAGAUUUGAAAAAGCUAAUUGGCAGAUGAGUUUGUUUCUGUUUAUGAAAGACAUUGUAGUGAUUGCGUUGUGAAAGACUGAUUGAUUUCAUCACUGCAGAGCUCUUGAUGAGCUUACUGAAGCUUUCUGCUGUUGUGUAAUCAGACCUACUUGCAAUAGUCAAGCUUAUGUGUGUCUUGACCUGUGUUUGGUCUGUUAGUUCACUCAACUGACUUCACACACACACACACACACACACGCACGCACACAGCUGACGACUAAACUAAAGGAAUGCAAACUGGUCAUAUAUAGAGAUUUAGAACUCAAAUUAAAUGUCAUGUAUUCUUAAACAAUUAGCAUUACAAGGUUUGUGGUCGGUAAGAUUUGUAAUGUUUUUAUAUCUUCGAAUCACCAAGGCUGCGUUUAUAUAAUCAAAAAUACAGCAAAAAAAUUGUGAAAUAUUAUUGCAAUGUAAAGUAGCUGUUUUCUAUUUGAAUGUUAAACUGUAAUUGAUUUCUGUGAUCAAAACUGAAUUUUCACAUGAUCUUCAGGAUUCAUUCUAAUAUGCUGAUUUGCUGCUCAACAAACAUUUCUGAUUAUUAUCAAUGUUGAAAACAGUUGUGCUGCACAAUAUUUUUGUGGAUACCGUGAUGCAUUUUAUUUUUCAGGAUUCACAGAUAAGUUCAAAAGAACUGCAUUUAUUUGAAAUGGAAAUCUUUUGUUGCAUUAUAAAUGUCUUUACUGUCACUUUUCAUCAAUUUAAUGCUUCCUUGAGGAAUAAAAGUAUUAAUUUCUUUUACACACAUAUCUUACUGACCUCAAACUUUUUUUUUUUUUCUUUUUUUUCUUUGAGUGUUGUUAGUCAUGAGGUAGAGCACUCUAAGGUGUUUUUGGUUAAUGGUUUGUAUCUGUAGGAAACUGCAUUCACAACCAAGUUCACUUUCACGUUGUGCCAUAUAUUUGAGUGAAACUGGUUGUCCAACAAGAAAAGUUUUGGACAGGAGUUGAUUUUAUCAUGAUGAAUUGAAUGGUUGAAGAUGGUUAAUGAGAGAUAUGUGACAGCUGAAAAGAAAAUAAUUUCAGAGCAAGUUAUUACUGAUGAACGGCAAUUACAAAUGGCCCUCUUUUUUACUUUAAGAGCUGAAUUCUGCUGCACAGUUUGACAUUCUUAAUGAGGUAUUACGUGCAAAAACUGUUCAUAUUGUUCCAAGCCUUUGACUUUCUCUGAAGAAUCUUUUUGCAGCCAUUUUUUCAUACAUU